UGCCAUUUCCUCGUUUAACUCACGGAAUACCGCAGGAAUUGAAGGUGGUUAACUACUCAUGAUAUUUUCCUGCUUAGAAAAGAUGUCGAAAGAGAAGUGCAAAUGAUCGAAUUUCUACUAUUUAGGCUAAAUAGUGCACAGGACAUGAAAUGUAUUUUAAGGGAGUCAUGAUGAGCUGCAAGCAAAUCAUAGAUGGCAAGUAAACAUGCAGAGACGGCUCUCUAGCCUUGAAACUAACGUGGAGAUCCGACCACUGAACGGGGAGAAAGCUGUGCAGGCUGCCUCAGACUUUAUUGGCGAAGCUUUCAUGUCUGGUGUCGGAACAGCUGUUAUCAUUUUUGAGGUUCAACGAAGUUCUCGUGCUGAGUCUCGGAAAGAAGAAGCUCGUAAGCAAGAGUUGGAGGUAGUACUUGAAACAUGCUCUUCCUCAUGUUCUCUGUUGUUAAGUACUUUUUUUUUAGUCUAAGCUUACUCUUCUACAGAAUUAUUGAGCGAAUCAACAUUAAGACAGGCCUUGAGGCAGUUGAACUUGAUACGGGAUCGAAUAGAUGAGCUAGAGCAGAUGGCAAGAGGACGAGGAUCCACGAGCUGGAUACCAGGAAUGAGCAAGCAAGAGGAGAAAAACCACGUGCGUACAUCAUUCUCCCCCAGCCCUCCAGAGGCGGCUCAAAAUCAAAUCACGGCACGUUAAGCGUCAGUUUGAGGCCCUUGGGUAUGGGCAGAAGUUGGAAAGGACUCCUGCUUGUCAACCAUGUAUGAAAACAUGUGGUUUGUUGAAUUUUAGCAACAACCAAGGUGUUUAGCGGCUGCUUAGUUAUGACUGAUGACUGCCUUGCACCUCAUCGUUUUUCUAAUAGUUGUUAGGCUUAUCCUAGUGUAUUCACUCCUGGAACAAAUGGUUUUUUGGAGAUGACAAAAAGAGUUUUGACUGAACUACUUGGUUUCAGAAUUUCGCAGUAAAUUUUUUUU